UCUAAAGUCAUUUUAAAACAAACGAUUACAGAGUUCAGACACUCCCAAAUUGUUAUUUUCGAAAUACUUACAGUAUUUUACAAGACAAGAUGGAUAACGGAGUCUACGAUGACGAGACCGACGAGACGCUGGUGGAGCGCUUCUUGGGAUUGAAGGAAAUGUUUCCGAUUCCGGUUCGCCAAGCGGUGUGCACAGCCGCUAAUGGAAUCUUCAAAAACGCCAAGAAAUUCGCAUCCAACCCCUCAUUGAUGUUCGCCGCAUUUUCGUUCAUUCUGUGGGCACGCCUCGUCCAGAAGAUCAACCGCCUAAAGUAGCUGAGGAAGGCGCACUAGAGGGAUUUCCCGUCUGUUCACAUGGCCACACCUUGAACCAUUUUUCUCAAUAUCAAUACAUUAAUCAAAUAACCAAUAAAAAAGCACAAUGCCAACA